AUGUGGGACGACGAGGACAACAACCCCUACGGCUCCUUCAACAGACGCGACUCGGAGACGUCCGAUGCUCCCGCCUUCCGUCAAGCCCCCUCGACACCACCCUCGGGCGCGAGCAGUCCACCCCAGUCUACACCCGAAUACCACCGACCAGACGACCACCACGAUGACGACGAUGAGGACGUGUCGCAGUCGCGCCGAAUUGAGCCCAAGAAAGGCGGCUACCACAGUCGCAUUGAGCAGAUCCUCUAUGAGAACCCCGACCUAGAAAUCCAAAUCGUCCACGCAGGCAAGAACACCGAAGGCGGAGGCAGCUACAUCACCUACACUAUUCGCACUGGAGACAUCGAAGUACGAAGACGCUACAGUGAAUUCGCUUCGCUGAGAGCCACCCUGGUCGCCCUGCAUCCAACCCUCAUCAUUCCACCAAUUCCUGAGAAACACUCCAUCACCGAUUACGCUUCAAAACCUACCAAGGCGAAAGAGGAUCUGGGCAUUAUCGAAUUGCGCCAGCGCAUGCUGACCACCUUCCUCAACCGCUGCCGUCGCAUGCAAGAAGUCCGCGAUGACAAUGUCUGGUGGCGUUUCCUCGAUCCCAACGCGAGCUGGAACGAGGUCCUCCACUCCCACCCCGUUGUGAAUAUCCCCAAGAACAAUCUGAAGGCUCCUCCGCUCGACCCUGCCAACCCUUCUCCUGGUCACAACUUCUUGCCCGUCCCUUCAUCCUCAGCAAAACUACGCUCAUCUGGCAACGCUACCGCAUCCGGUACACCCAGCUCACCGCCAAUGCAACAACCAUCGACUGCUGCUCACUCGUCUCCUGGUCCUCAAGUAUUCGGCCGUUUUCCUCCUGAAUCUCAACACUUGUCAGAAGAGGAUCUCGACCCCUACUUUGUUCAGUUCGAGAACUCAUCGCGCGAGCUGGAAACCCUGCUGCAAGGCUCCAUGGAAAAGGUCAACCAGCGAACUCUUCAGCAUCUGUACAAGCUUGGAGAUGAUCUUAUGGAAUUAGGUGGCCGUUACAAUGCCUUCUCACUUUCCGAACAGUCUGCUGAGGUUGCUGCCGCCAUUGAGAAGAUCGGCCAGGCUUGCGAUUUUACAUACAUCCAGACCCGCGAUCUUUCCAGCGGCUUGUCAGCUCAAUUUGCUGAGCCUAUGCGUGAGAGUGCUCAGUUUGCUGGUAUUGUCAAGGGCGUUCUGAGAUACAGAGUUUUGAAGCGUGUUCAACAAGAGAUGACUCGUGACGAACUUGAAAAGAAGAGGACAUCUCUCGACUCUCUAGAAAGAAGCGAAGCCGAGGCCAAGCGUAUUGAACAAUACCUCCACAACUCAGGUUCUUCACCGCCUCAACGUAGCAUGAGUACUGGCAGUAACGCUGCUAGACGCAACCCAGCCAGAGAUCAGCUACCCAGGCGCGCAGAGGAUGACACAGCAAGUAUCGACUCGGACUUCCCUCCCACGAUGGGCAGUGCUCCGAGCGCAGCUCAGGGCUCUCCUCACCAAGAACAACCUACUAGUCCUACGCAACAUAAGAGAGGCGCUAGCGGCAACUUUGUAACAAACAAGAUCUUUGGGCGACUCACUCAUGCAUAUCAUAAUGUUGUGGACGCUGAUCCUGAGCGCAUGAGGAGAGAUCAGAUUGGCAAGACGAAAGAAAGUUUGACACAGCUUGAGCAAGCUCUGGAAGUCUCGGAAAAAGACGUCAAGGAUGCCAGCGGUGCUGUUCUCAAAGACCUGAAACGCUUCCAGAGCGACAAGGAAGAAGACCUGAGGAAAUACAUGCUGGCAUUCGCACGCUGUCAUAUCGAGUGGGCGCAACGCAGUCUAGAGACUUGGGAAGAAGCUCGGGUGGAAGUCAACAAGAUUCCUGUAUUAGAGCCGAGGUAG